GACCGUGUGCAUUUCAGAUUGAGUACGCUGUGUCUGUGUUGGAAAUGCACUGUGUGCAUUUCAGAUUGAGUACGCUGCGUCUGUGUUGGAAAUGCAGCUCAGUGAUUGCCCCCUGUGUGUACAGCAGGCCCCUGUUAAAGGCAGUGUGGAGAUGAAGGGGGUGCAGAGGGUGGAGUUGGGUACCCUGCUGCAGGUCACCCAGGCCUUGGAGGCGGUGGUGGGCCCGUGCUUCGGUCCGUCCGGGGGCCAGGUUCUCUUCACCAGCGACUCUGGAGAGGUCCUCAUCACCAGGGAUGGCCGGAGGAUCCUUACCUCCCUUCGGCUUGACCAUCCCGUUGCCAGACGCUCGUUUUGGAUGGCGUGAUCGGGCAGGGCCUUGCCCCUCGCGCCCUGUCCCUUCUCCAGGACCCCGCCCACCUGCGCC